CUUCAGACAAAUAAAAAAUUUAUUCAACUUCGUUGCAAUUGCAUUUGCAAUCUGUGCUCAGAAAGAAACCCGUAAUCGCAAACAGAAGAACAAACUUCCCUACUUUAUAGCAGUAAAUUUAAAACCGGGAAAAUGGAUAGAGCUGGCCUUUUGGCCGUUUUGGCACUUUUCUGCGCCUUCGGCUUCUUCGCCGCUGCCACGCCCAUUGGAGGCGAGCAAAAACUUCUGGGAGCCAGCAAGUGCACCUGGGGACCAUCGUAUUGGUGCGGAAACUUCAGCAACUCCAAGGAAUGUCAUGCCACCCGCCAUUGUAUCCAAACCGUCUGGGAGACCCAAAAAGUUCCCGUGGACACGGACUCGAUCUGCCAGAUAUGCAAGGACAUGGUUACGCAAGCCCGCGAUCAACUGAAAAGCAACGAGACCGAGGAGGAACUGAAGGAGGUCUUCGAGGGCUCCUGCAAGCUGAUUCCGAUCAAGCCGAUCCAGAAGGAGUGCAUCAAGGUUGCCGAUGACUUCCUGCCAGAGUUGGUCGAGGCCUUGGCCUCUCAAAUGAAUCCAGACCAAGUUUGUUCUGUGGCCGGACUCUGCAACAGUGCCCGCAUCGAUGAAAUGUUUAGGGCCGGCAUUCAGUCGGGCCUUGAUGGAACUGCCGUGGAUGAAGAUAGCUCUGAGGAGACCGAGCUUACAUGGCAGCCCAAUAAACUUUCCUGCGGCAACUGCAAUCUGCUUUCCCGCUUGAUGCAAUCCAAGUUUGCGGCCGUCGACCGCGAUGACAUGGUGGAAACGAUGCUCCAUAUGUGCGGAUCCCUCUCCAGCUUCUCAGAUGCCUGUGCCAACAUUGUGCUGACCUAUUUCAAUGAUAUUUACAACCAUGUCAGCAAGCACUUGACCACGGACGCCGUGUGCCAUGUGUCUGGAGUGUGUGCCUCCAGAUAUCACCAGCACGAGGAGGAUAAGCAGCCGGAGGAGACCUUGAUCGCUUUGGAUGCCGGUGAUGAUAUUCCCUGCGAGCUGUGCGAGCAGCUGGUAAAGCACCUCCGUGAUGUCCUUGUGGCCAACACCACCGAAACCGAGUUCAAACAGGUUAUGGAGGGAUUCUGCAAACAGUCACGCGGAUUUAAGGACGAGUGCAUCAGCAUCGUAGACCAGUACUACCAUGUAAUCUAUGAGACUCUAGUAAACAAGCUGGAUGCCAAUGGAGCCUGUUGUAUGAUCGGAAUUUGUCAAAGGAACUCCGUCUCCUCGAUGAAGGAUGCACCGAUUAUGCCCCUGCUGCCUGUUAUUGAGCCUGCCCAAGUGAAGAUUACCAUCGAGAAACUGGAGAAACACGAAAAGAAGCAGCUGGGUGCCAGUGAGCCCAAAUUCAGCCAACAGGAAAUCCUUGACAUGCAACUGCCAAUCGAUCACCUCAUGGGCGCAGCCAAUCCCGGAGCUUUGGUCGAGGGCGGAGAGCUCUGCACCCUCUGCGAGUACAUGCUUCACUUUAUCCAGGAGACUCUGGCCACCCCAGCCACUGAUGACGAAAUAAAACACAGCGUGGAGAACAUCUGCUCCAAACUGCCUUCUGGAGUCGCCGGUCAGUGCCGUAACUUUGUGGAGAUGUAUGGCGAUGCUGUGAUUGCUCUGCUCGUCCAGGGACUGAAUCCUCGGGAUGUGUGCCCCAUCAUGCAGAUGUGCCCAAAGAAUCUGCCCAAAAAAGACGAUGUCGAAGUGUUCCGUCCUCAACCAGUCGACGACGAUCAGGACUCGCCCACUUGCCCACUGUGCCUCUUUGCCGUCGAGCAGGCCCAGAUCAAGAUCCGUGACAACAAGUCCAAGGACAAUAUCAAGAAGGUUUUGGAUGGCCUCUGCACUCAUCUACCUAGCAAGCUGAAGGUCGAGUGCGUGGACUUCGUUAACACCUAUUCCAACGAGCUGAUCGACAUGCUGAUCACGGAUUUCAAGCCACAAGAAAUCUGUGUGCAGCUCAAGCUCUGCCCGAAAUCCACAAACGCUCUCAGCGACUUGGGUAUUUCUCUGGAGGAUGACGUCGAUGGUGAGGACAAGUCCAGCAGCGAGGAGAUCAGCUCCAACAAUAUUGACUCCCUGGAAGAACUACCGCCUCAGCUGGCCUUCGACGAAGGAUUCAAUGCUGCUCCAAAUUGCCUAAUUUGCGAAGAGUUGGUCAAGACCCUAGAGAAGCGCAUGGGCAAGCACCCCACUAAGGACAGCAUCAAGCAGAUCUUGGAAGAGUCCUGUGACAGGAUGAAGAAGCCACUCGCCGGAAAAUGCCACAAGGUUAUCGACAAGUUCGGAGACCAGAUCGCCGACCUUCUACUGAAGGAAAUGGACCCCAAGCUGAUCUGCACGGAAUUGGGAAUGUGCAUCCUGGCUGAUCUGUAUGAUCUUGAAGUGGAUGAGGCUUUGAAGUACGAUGUGAUUGCCCUGCCCCAUCAGGACGACAAGAUGUCCAGCAUUAAGGAGCCGCCCACCUGCGUCCUGUGCGAGUUCAUCAUGACCAAACUGGAGGCCGAUCUGAAGAACAAGACCGAACAAGACGACAUUAAGAGAGCGAUUGAGGCGGUAUGCAACCGUCUGCCAGCCACUGUUCGCAAACAGUGCGAUGCCUUCGUAGACGGAUAUGCCUCCGCGGUGCUGAAAUUGCUAAGCGAUGUGCCACCCAAAGAGGUGUGCCAGAAGUUGCAACUCUGCUUCAGCGUGGCUGUGACCGAUGAGGUUGUGGAGUGCGGUGUGUGCCACGGAGUUACCCAGGCUCUGGUGCCCUUCCUGCGAGAGAAGAAAGACGAGGACGUAACCGCCAUGCAAAUGACAUCGACGGCUUGCGAGACCUUGCCAGCCAAGUACUACAAGAUUUGCUCUGAGAUGAUCUCCAUCUAUGGCAACAGCAUUAAGAACCUGUCCAAGCGAUCCUAUAUGGAUCAGUCGCAUAUCUGCGCCGAAAUCGGAAAGUGUUUCGAUAGCGAGAAGUCUUCGCUGGCCUUUGCCAGAAUUUCAGCCUAAGUGAUGCAUUGUGAUGUGCGGGAAAGACGAGAGGGAGUAGCAGGAUUAGCCGAAGGUUGAGGAGAAGUAGGGAGCCGAUCCCACGCUUUAUAUAUGCAUAUAUCUUUACAUAUAUCUGUUUACAUUCUAUAACGAUUUACUGUAAAUGAAACAUAAUUACUUAUUUUUCGUUUCUGUUUCCCCGGUUUUUGGCUCUAAAUUUGUUAGGAGAAUUUGUGAUGAAACAGAUUUUAUAUACGCACGCAAACCCGGCUGAAAGAAGUAAAACUUAACUAAAACUAACUCUUACACUAAGCAGUAACCUAAAAGUACUUUCAAUUUACGAAUUAGCGAAAUCCACAGCCACUAACUUUGUAUCGAUAUCCCCAUCUGUCCGAAGUCAGCUGAGCAGUGUGUGUAGUUUAAGAUAUCAAAGAAAACUGUGUAAAAUACGAACAUUGAUCUUAUAAAUCAUAAAGAAAACAUAAA